AAAGCACUUUUCCUAGUCCUAGACGUCCAAAAGCAGUGGUUUUGAUUUUUGUGCUGACCGUGUGGAUUUUACUUGCAUUCAAAUUGGACAAUGCAAUCAGACAAAUAUUCUUUUCGAAACCAGGCACCUCUGAGCUCAAACAUAGGUACAUACCACGUAUUGGCGACUCACGUGACACAUUGUUUAACAACAUUAUAACGGAAAAAGAAGCACUCAUGUAUGAACCAUGCAAAAAUAUAAAAAACACGGCCUCGAUUAGUAGUUCACAAUUAUCAUUAUCAGAUUCUCAAAAUGGGACGUACAUAAUUGGUGAUAAGAUUCGAGCUGUUAUUAUACUGCAUGAUGGUUAUGGCAAACGUAAACAUUCAGGGGGCGACAUUUUGAGGGCAACGAUACAACAAAAAAAACUUAGUGCAUCAGCACCUUGUGAGGUGACUGACAAUUUGGAUGGGUCGCAUACGCUGAUAUGUGAGGCAUUAUGGACCGGAACUUCAAUAAUAACCGCAAUUCUAGCUUAUAUUAGGGAGAAAAUUACAGCCAUUUAUCGCGUCGGAACACAAGUUCUAUCCUAUCGGGUUAUAGUUGGGCAGUUCAGGAGUAGACAUUACAGCCAAGAGACUCCCUGUCACCCGAACCACACACACCUGCUGAAGUUUACUAACUACAAACGUUUUUGUAAUUUGACAUACCUAAACUCGUGGAUGCCGUUUAACUGCGGCAAACCGACAGAUGAGCAUUUGCUGUGCCAAGACUUGAUGUCCAUAAAAGCAAGGAAUCUACAUAAUGAGCCUUACCUCACCAAUUGUGAGAAAAUGUUAUGGAUCAGGUAUUUGAAGUCUUGAGUUAACAAAUAUUAAGUGAAGUUUUAUAAACAAACAAUUUGUUGACGGACUAUUGUAAAAAAUGUAUUCCCUAUAUAGAAUGUAUUUAUUAACUGAAAGCAAUAGCUUUCGUUUUUCCUUUCUUUAAUUUCGAAAAUUUGUUUAAGUAGGAGCAAACAUUUAGUUAAAUAAUUUAGUUUUUAUUAAAAUCUUGAUUUUUAUAAAUACAGUCGAAACUCGGUAUCUCGAAUUUCAAGGGACCGUGCUUUUUAUUUCGAGAUAACCGAAAUUCGAGUUAUGAGGAGGGAUGUAUAUGGACGAAAUGAUGGAAAAAAUUGGUUAAGUUACAAAAAGAUUUAAUAAGAAAUAAAAAAUGUUUCCUUGACGCCGUGUAUACGCUCUGGGCACUUUACGCGUACACGAUUAUGUACAGUUUGUGUUUAUCAAAGUUUUCAGUUUUUCGAAGAUUAAAAUUAUACUAACCUCAAAUGUUUUUUGAGGCAAGUUUCCUUUUCGUACCACGUUUCUCUCCCGGAGGAUUGAUAGCAUUUCGAUCUGACAUUUUGAACGAAUGAUGCUUUCCCCAAAGAAGUUAAUUUUUUUACAGUCUCAUCGAGAUUACCUCUAAUUAAUCCUUAUUAAAGAUCCCAACUGUUCAAACUAAUGAAUUCAUUUAGUUUAAAUUUAAAGCAGUUUUCAUAACGUUUCAAAAACAAAUGAUCGCUGAUUAAGAAAUCUAGUGUUUACAUCAAGCAAUUAUCAUUAUGUCACGUGCAAACAAGUAUGACAUCAUCUCACUUUGAUAAUGGCCGUACCUUUGAUAUGUCGGCAUCACGGCUUUCUGGUUAGGCAAUAAACAUGAACACGUGUUAAAAACCAACCAUAUUCACAAUGAGAUGUGUGAAAUUUUAUCGCAUAUUUUUCUCACUUCGACUUACCGCGUUUACAAUGCACUUGGAUUUUAUUGACGGGACCGAAAAUCCCUUUCGACAUAUCUGGAAUCUCGGUAAGUCAAAUUUUGACAUAACCGGAAUUGAAGUACACAUGUAAAGAAGGAAAUUUGACGGGACUUGAAAAUUUCUUCGACUUAAGCGGAAUUUCGAGGUAAGCGAGUUUGAGAUACCGAGUUUAGACUGUAUUAUAAAACAAAUGAUCGCCAAAUUGAAUAAUUGCUUAAUGUUCAUAAAACGAAGCAAAAGUGCUCACCUUUAUGAGGAAAAUUUAGAAACUAGGCUAAACAAGUAGCUUUCUGGAUAUUUCGUUUUUAAUAGUUAGCGGAUUUUCCCCAUUAAACAUAACUUUCUAAAAAUAGAGUGUUCUUCAACUGACAAGUAGCUCUAGUUGCAUGAUGAACAGGAGGAAAACUCAGCUACAUGUGUUACCAAAAUGCAAAAAAAAAUAAAUAAAAAAUAAUAACAAUCAACUAUAAUAUAUUUCAGCGAUAAGAAACUGUAUACACAAUGAUUCAAGAGUGUUUUAGUGUCUUUAUUUAAACUUAAACAAAUUUUCACACAGUUAUUUUUACUUUCAAACGUUAUAUAUGUUGCAACAAAUAUUUGUUUCUUCACUCAUAAACCUCAACCUAUAUAAAAAUAGUCAAUGGCUCUUAAACCAUUGGAUAUGAUGUGAUAUUCACCGAAAGAGGGCAAUACUGACCGCGGCAGGUAACUGAGGUCAAUAUUGCCCUCUUCCUAUGAAUAUCACAUCACAUCCAAUGGCUUAAGAGUCAAUAAUUGUAUAAUGUCAGUUAAUAGGAAGACAUGUCUGAAACUGACAUAUCUAUGGUCAAAGAAAUUCAGGAAAUCCAUUGCAGCUUUGUUGUCUUAGCAGGAUAAUAGAAAAUGGGAAAUAAAUAGAGGUGAAUUUUUCAAAAACAGUAAUACAUAUGUAAACGUAGCUCUAGAGGAAAAUGUAUCAGUGGCAUAUUUUAUUUUGUAGUUUUAUACUAUCUAUUUUUGGGAGGACGAGCGUACAUUGAAGAAAAUAUUAAAGGUUAAUGUCAAGAGCAGAGGAAGCAAUAAUAUGUCUGUUAUAAGCAAGCCAGCAAUCUAUUGUUCACAAUACAAUGCUUCCCUUCUAUGGCGGUCAAGAGGACCAACUGGUUUCUUCUAUAAUGGAACAUGGAAUCUUCGUUAUUGUCUUGUUAAGUACUAUAAUGUUAUUUAGUCUUUUAAAACAAAGCAUGUUACAAUAUCUUACAAUCAUUCAUCAAUACUGUUGUAUAGAUUCAGACAGUGUUUUUCCUUUUCUUACACCUAGGGCUUAGAAUAGAUUCUUUAACAUAAAAUUGCUAAAGUAACAAGGCUUAUAGGACUGAUGUCCACAUACGCCAGAUUUGAAGUUUAUUUUUUAUAUGCAUUUAUCGUCCAUAUCGGUAAUGAUUGGUACUAUAUUACAACUACAUAUACCUGGGUUAUGAGAUGAAACCUUUUCAAGAAAAAAAAAUCCGUUUGUACAAUUUCAAGGAUAUAGCAUAAAGGGCUACUACAGAUGGUAAUGAAGAACACCUAUGGUCAUUAUAUUUCUUAAUUAUAUAAGGGCAACAAUUUCAUUGAGAAUAUUACAUGAGUGUCUUUUCAUAUUGAAUUUGUUAAACGAGUUGAAUAAAGUAAUAAAAUUCGGGGCUCUGUCGAGCGUUUUAUCAAUUUUAUUCAACAAGUUUAAUAGAUCCAAUGCGGAAAGUCACAAAUGUAAUAUUAUUUUCAUCACAUGUUAUAUUUUCCAUUCGAAACAUCAAAAAUCCUAUUUUCCGUUACUAUAUAAACAAGUCAAUUUAACCAACAUCUCCUAUACUAUAAACGACGUCGACGUCAAAGCUUUAUUACACUAGUGUUAUAUCAGUUUUAUGUAAUUGCUUUAUUACACUCCCGUGACGUCAAAUAUGUCAUAAAAGCAUGUAUAUAGCAUGCUUGUCGUAUCUAUGCUAUGUAACCUUUGUAUGUUAGAUAGCUUUUAAAAUAUAUAUUUCAUUAUCAUUAUUACUGUAAUAUUAUUAUUAUUAUAUUUUUUUUUAUUAUUACCAUCAAUAUCGUUAUUAUUAUUAUUAUUAUUAGUUUUAUUGUUAUCACUAUUAUUUUUCAACUAUUUAGAAAAAUAUUGUCAUUGAAAGAGGAGACAACUGUUGUUUUAAUUGACUGAUAUUUCCCGAACUGAAAAUAUAAUGGUGAUAAAGAGUUCUUUUUAUUUGUGAUUAAAUAUAUAUGUAUACUUUUGUCCAAACAUUUGUCACACUUAUUGGUGAGUGAUAACGAUUGAGUUUGUCAUUUUUUGUAUUAUUCUUCGACACCUUCUUGCAUUUCCUGGACAAGAUAUUACGUUUGAGUCAAACAAUGUAAAUAUGAUAAACAUAAUUUAAAAAAUGAUAUGAGCUGCACCAUAAUAAAAAUAGCAUAGUGCAUUCGCGACCAGCAUGGAUCCAGACCAGCCUGCGCAUCCGUGCAGUCAAGCAUUAUAAAAAAAGCAACAACAGAAAAGAAAACAAACAAAUUAUGUGUUGUAAUAUAUAUAUUCUUUAUAUUUGCAGUGGA